AUGCCCGAAACAUACGAUCACAAUAAGAAAACCGUCACACAUGGCCUGGCGCGCGUGAACGGUAUCCGCCUGCACUACAUCACAGCAGGCUCCGGUCCAGCCCUACUCCUUCUCCAUGGCACGCCAAAAACCCACUACUACUGGUACAAGAUCCUGCCCUACCUGACACCGCACUUCACCAUCGUAGCCCCCGACCUCCGCGGCUUUGGCGCAACCGACAAACCCCCAGCCUCAGAUGGCUACGACGGCGCGACCAACGCCAAAGACAUGAUCUCCCUCAUGGACCAGCUCGGGCACUCAAAAUUCGCAAUCCACAGCGAGGACCGCGGCGCAACGUUCGGCUUCUGUCUCGCAGGCUUGUAUCCGUCGCAUGUCACGCAUCUCAGCUUCUGCGAGAUGGUGCUGAGCGAGCGCCUUACCGAGCAGUCCUUCUUCACGCGGGAGAACAUUGCGGGGCAGUACAACCAGACGGGGGUGUGGAACUGGCAUAUCCCAUUUCUCUGGAUGCCGCAUGUGCCGGAGAUGCUGAUUCAAGGCCGCGAAGAAGAGUUCUGGACGCAUUUCAUGAAGGCGGAGUGUUAUAAUCCGAAUUGUCUGGAGCAGGAGGCGGUGGAUGAGUGGGUGAGGUGUUCGAGGGCGCCCGGGGGGUUGAGGGGGAUCCUGGAGACGUACAGGGCGCAUUGGGCGAAUGUGGAUGUUGAGGAGGAGAUUAUCAGGAAGGGGAAGUUGAAGUGCCCAGUGAUGACUGUGGGGGCACCUGAGUUCUUCGGACCGAUCGUGAAAGAGCAGAUGGAGAUGGUAUCCGACAACAUUGUGGUGUCGGAGAUUUUCAAUGGCUGCGGGCAUAGCUUGGCGCUGGAACAGCCCGAGAAGCUGGCUAGCUGUUUGAAAAAGCUCAUUCUCUCGCAGUGA